GCUUGGCCCGCGCGGCCUCCCGACGCAGCACCGGACGUACCCCGACAGCCCCUUCGGAUCGCAGGAGUCCCUCGAGAGUGGAGACAGCGACGCCUACCCGACACAGGCGCAAAGGGCGGGCCUCGCGAGGGGCUUCCCCUUCGGCGGCCCGCGUGACGGCGGCGACGCCUCGGACGAAGGGUGGGGCCGCGCGGAGGAGCAGGGGGCCGUUCCCAGGAGGCGAUUCCCUGCGGGAGGAGACGCGCGCGAGGCUGUCGCAGCUGCAGGAUGACCGCCGCAGCAGGAUGUCCGAGGCGCAGCCUGGUCCCCCGCCUCCCGGCCCGGGCAGGGCGCCCAGGACCCUCGCCUCCCGCCCCGCCUCGGCCAGCCACAGGCCCUGCCGCUGCCGAACGCCCUCGGCCGGCCCCAAGGACCCGUACAGGUGCCCCUACUGUACGCCCAUCCAGAACUCGAGCUUCGGCCACGCGAAGGACGCCCUGAGGAAGUCGGAGAAGAGGGAGGGGCCCCGAGUGGCGGCCUGCGGCUCCAACCUCACCCGGAGCGCCAUCCUGACCGGCGUCAAGGCCGAGCAGAAGAGGGUCAUCUACAAGCCCAGCGCCUCCACCGUCGUCAUCGAAAAGCACCUCAAGAACUGAUGUUAGACACGCCGUUCGAGAUAUGGAAAUCAACCAAAAACAAAUGAAUAAAGUAGUAGAUACGUAAA